GCUUAGGAAGUGGUGAUCGCAAUACAAAAACAUCAGCCAACUGUAACACACCCCAAGAAGAGGCCACAUUAUGUCCCCUGACUGCUGCCGAGUUCACAAACGCUGAAGGAGAAGUAAUUAAACUCAAGAAAAACUGUGACGUAAACUCGCUGGAAAUUCUCAAUGCAUCUUCGGACAGAUGUCCAAAACGUCAAGGCCAGGUUUCGGUCAAGGAUACCGACAGCCCCCUUGAGACCUUGUCUGCCUCUGGCAUGAGCUUUGGCGAUAGUGUGCUUGUCCCUUCCGAGUCGAUGAGUGGGGAGAAAGUUCACCAGUCCAAGAGUUCAGGCGCUGCUAAGACCGCGGGCCCCAGUUCCAGCUUACCCAACAUCGGAGCUGUGCCUUUGGCCAAGCUCUGCCUGUUUGGGAGGCUGGACAGCAAGCCUGUGUCCGAGACCCCAUCUCAGACGUCGAGCACGGACAAUUUAAACGACACAUUCCAAGUGCUCAAGCCUGCACUGCUCAACACUCCUUGUAUUGACAGCUCUCAGAGAAGCAAACUGGAAAGUCAGACGGUGCUGAGACCUCUCCCUCUUCCCCAUCAGCGACCACCUUACGAGCUGAACAAACAAAAAUUUCAACCUAACGAAAAAUUGGCCCUUGCUCAAAAGCCAGACGUACAAACUGAAGAUGUGGGAAAUAAACUACAAGGGGUCAAGGACAACAAAAUGGAGGGAAGUUCUGCUCUAAGCCCCGUGUCUAGGCUCCCUAUCAAAUCCUGCGGCUCCACCUACUCCUCCAUCCCAUGGAUUCCCAGGGGGAAUGAAAGAGACGACAAGUCCAGGAGAGUUUCAAUGGAGAUCAACACCAGGCAGGGUCAGAAUAAACCCAAAAGUGCUUUCUCAGGACAGGUGACUAACAGGACGGGAUGCAUAUCUCCACUGAGUGCCACCAGGCAGUCCCCGACAACAUCCAGCCUCAACAACAUCAACACCUUAAAGUCAUCUUUCUUAGACCCACCAAGUGUUAGAGAGAAGUCCAGGCCCUUGACGUCUGCGUGCUGCAUCAAUGCCAAUAACGUCCAUUCGCUGAGCAGUAGUAAGUAA